GCAGCGCGCACGGGGGGUGAUCCGGGUAUUUUGAAAUGAACCGGGUGAGCGCCGCGGCAGCGCUGGCGCCUCGGAGCGGCUGAGGGGGAAAAGUCCUGCGCCGGAGCACCGGGGAGGUGCUGGUUGGCGGAGGGAAGAAGGCGUGGAAGAGAAGUGCACACAUUUAACACACAGAUAAUACAAAAACAGAGCCGCCUGCGUCGUUGAGGGAGGGCGCGGCGGUGACCUGACCGGGAAUGUUGUAGGGAAGCUGCCGGCCGUCACUAUGCAUCUCCAUCAGGUGCUGACCGGAGCUGUCAACCCCGGCGACAACUGCUACUCGGUCGGGGGCAUCGAUGACAUUCCGUUCACGGCGUAUGCUUCAGGAUGUGACAUAGUCAUUCUCGGAAGUGAUUUUGAAUGUGUUCAAAUCAUCCCUGGUGCUAAACAUGGAAAUAUCCAAGUCGGCUGUGUGGAAUGUUCCCUUCAGCAAGGCCGGAUCGCUGCUUCAUAUGGGAACACUGUUUGCAUUUUUGAGCCAGUACCAUUACGACAUCACAAAAGAAAGCUUGUCCUAAACUAUCAAUGGCAGAAAAUGGGGCAGUUUUUCCUUCAGUCCAUGGCAUACAACUUAGCUUGGGAUCCACAAGGUAAUCAAUUAUUGACAGCUACAGAUCAUUUACAGUUAUGGACCCAUCCCUCCGAUGACAUUCUUGAGGAAGAAAGUAGUCUUGCUGAGGAAUGCAAGUUGCAACCAGAUUUAAAUGACUGGAAAUGCAACUGGCAGUGCAAGACUGCUAUUCCAAUAUAUCUGAUGAAGUGGUCGCCUGAUGGAGAAUACUUUGCAACAGCAGGAAAGGAUGACUCCCUUCUCAAAAUAUGGUAUCUGACCCAUGGCUGGAAAUCUGCAUUUCUAGGCGGAGAAAUUCUUGGGGGGAAAAGUGCUUCUACAGCUAUGGACUUUUCCUUUGUAUAUCUGGCACAUCCUCGUGCAGUAACAGGAUUUUCAUGGCGGAAGACUAGUAAAUAUAUGCCAAGGAACUCUGUGUGCAACGUGCUUCUGACUUCAUGUCAGGAUGGUAUCUGCCGGCUGUGGGCUGAAACAUUAUUGCCAGAGGACAGUCUUUUUGGAGGACAAAUGGCAGAGACUCCCAUCAGUACAUCAACCACCAACCUCUCUCAUAGUGGAAGCCAGAAAGACAAAAUCCAGCAUGCUCUGGAGACAAUUCAUCAUUUGAAGCAUCUAAGUGGGCGCCGCAGAUCUUCAGUUCUGAUUGCCCAUAAGGAAGUUUUACCAAGUCAGCUUGGGUCACAUGAAGUCCACAGGCAAAUUUCACACUACGCUAAUGCACUUUGUCACUUCCAUAUUGCAGCAAGCAUUAAUCCAAAUACAGAUAUUCCACCAGCACUAGCUGGAACAGCUUUUAACAUUGAAGAAGGUGGUGGAAAUUUUGUGGUUCAUUGGCUGAACAACAAAGAGCUGCAUUUUACAUCAUCUAUGGAAAUAUUCAUGGAGCAUUUGAGGAAACUCACAGAUCAGCAGAUGGAGAAUGAGGUUGACAUUGCCAGUAUGAACGGAUUGAAAAUGAAAUUAGACACUGAACAAGAAGAGACUUCAGAGAAGGGAUCAGAAUACGACACAGAAGAAGCUGAACAAGAUGAUAGAACCAAAAUAUAUUCAUCAUCCUAUGCUGGAAUUCCACUACCAACCAUUUUGUUAGAUCGAAAAAUUGAAGCACUGCAAACUGAGUGGAACAAGAAUGCUGAUAUGCUGUUUACAAUCCAUCCUAUAGAUGGUUCAUUUUUAGUGUGGCAUGUGAAGUAUUUAGAUGAGUACCAUCCAGGAAUAUUUAGACAAGUCCAGGUUGCAUUUUCAUCUCGGAUUCCUGUUGCUUUUCCUAUUGGUGAUGCAAACUCACUCAGCAGAAAUAUAAUGAUGUAUGCAUGUACUGUUAAGAAUGUAAAGCAUCUCCCCGAUAAUGAUCCAAAAAUCAAUGGAGUGACCCAUUGUGUGAAUGGUUCAAAAAUAAAUAUUGUCACACCAUCUGUUAUGAUGAUUUCGAAACAUAUUGAUGGAUCAUUAAACCAGUGGGCAGUGACUUUUGCUGAAGAAUCUGCCUUUAGCACAGUUCUGAUUGUAUCACAUAAAUUCAGAUAUUGCGGACAUCGUUUUCAUCUCAAUGAUUUGGCUUGUCAUUCAGUGUUGCCCUUGCUGUUGACUUCCUCACAUCACAAUGCUCUCAUGACACCUGAGUCUGAUGUUGAAAAAGAAAUCAUAGAACCUGUGAAAUCCUUAAAAGGGCCAAGAACACAGCAGGUUAAAAAUGCUGCCACACGAACAUUUCAUGACCCUAAUGCCAUCUACAGUGAACUGAUCCUAUGGCGUAUGGACCCAAUUGGACCGCUAUCAUAUUCUGGGGGUGUAUCAGAGUUGGCACGAAUCAAUUCCCUGCACACUUCAGCCUUUUCAAAUGUAGCCUGGCUUCCAGCAUUGAUCCCAAGCUAUUGCCUUGGCACAUACUGCAACUCUGCCAGUGCAUGUUUUGUUGCUUCUGAUGGUCAGAAUCUCAGGCUUUACCAGGCUGUUGUUGAUGCAAGAAAACUUCUGGAUGAAUUGUCUGAUCCAGAAAUAUCGAAACUUGUUGGAGAAGUGUUCAACAUAGUAAGCCAGCAAUCAACAGCUCGUCCAGGUUGCAUUAUUGAACUGGAUGUAAUAACAGCUCAGUGUGGCUCAAACACACAGCUACUUCAUGUAUUUCAGGAAGAUUUUAUCCUGGGAUAUAAGCCACAGGAAGAAAAAAAUAAGGAUCAAGGAGUGUCUUUUACUCAACCCGUACAAGGAUAUCAUGCACCAUCAUUCUCCGAAAAGUUUUACCUUGUGGUAAUAGAACGUGAGAAGAGGCAAUCUAUUCUUCACAUGUGGCAUCUGCAUUUGAAGUCUGUGCAGCCCCGUAUGGCAGAAAUGAGCGCAUCAGAUAAGCUGCUGACUGUAUCAGAUGAAAAGAGCUUUGGCUUAUCACCAAAUUCUCUCCCACGCUCUGCAUCAGUUGCAAAUCUUCAGACUGCUAGCAAAUUGAUACUUAACUCCAAAUUGGUCUAUAGUCAACAAUUAAAUCUACCUGAGGGAGUGGAAGUAAUCCGAGCAACUCCUUCUGCAGGUCACUUGAGUUCAUCUUCCAUUUAUCCAGUCUGCCUUGCACCUUAUCUAAUAGUGACGUCAUGCUCAGAUGGUAAAGUAAGAUUCUGGCGAUGUACUGUGGAUAAAAACUCAAAAUCUGAAGAAGUACGUGCAUAUUGCUGGGAAACUUGGCCUUUGAUGAAUGAAGAAGGAGAACACAAUAACAGUGCAGUGAGUGUAACUGGGCGCCCUGUGGCAGUAAGCUGUUCAUACACUGGCCGUUUGGCUGUGGCUUACAAAGAGUCUCUACAGCCUAAUGGCAUUACUUCAAAAGAAUUUUCAAUGCACGUCUCCAUUUUUGAAUGUGAAUCCACUGGAGGAUCAGAGUGGGUGCUGGAGCAGACAGUUCAUUUGGAUGAUUUAGGCAAGGUUGGAGGUGUCCUGGAUUCAAGAGUCAGUGUUGAUAGCAAUUUAUUUGUGUAUAAUAAAUCAGACCUAUAUCUUAAAGGCAAAAACAUGAUGUCUAGCAUAAAACAUUUGGUGCACUUGGACUGGGUAUCAAAAGAAGAUGGUUCUCAUAUUCUUACAGUUGGAGUGGGUUCCAAAAUUCUAAUGUACGGAAGACUAUCAGGGAUUGUAACUGAACAAGCCACAAGUAAAGAUGGAUUAGCUGUAAUUACUUUGCCACUAGGCGGAAGCAUUAAACAAGGCACAAAGUCAAAAUGGGUAUUGCUGAGAUGUGUGGAUUUGAUAUCUUCUGUAGAUGGAACGCCUUCACUUCCGGUUUCUUUAUCCUGGGUGAGAGAUGGAAUUCUAGUAAUUGGGAUGGACUGUGAAAUGCAUGUGUAUGCACAAUGGAAGCAUUCGACAAAGCCAUUAAGCAAUACUGAAAAUGGAAGCAUAUCAUCUUUUGAUGAAUUAAUUGAUGUUGAUGUAUUUGAGUCUAAAAUGCUUCCAAAGCGGCAGAGUGUGGUUGAUGGAACUACUACUGGAGAUGAUGUGUUUGGAGUCCCAGGAAUGAUUCAAGAUGGUGGAUUGUUUGAAGCUGCUCACAUUCUCUCUCCUACUCUUCCUCAAUAUCACCCCACUCAGCUACUGGAACUUAUGGACUUAGGCAAGGUGCGCAGAGCUAAGGCAAUCCUUUCACAUUUGGUUAAGUGUAUUGCUGGAGAAGUGGCCAUCUUUAGGGACAAAGACCCAGGUGAAGGAGGAGGUCCUCGACGCCACCUUUCUCGAACUAUCAGCAUAAGUGGAAGUACAGGGAAAGACACAGUUAUAGCUGGAAGAGAAGGUACUCGUGAUUAUACAGAAAUAGACUCAAUUCCACCACUACCUCUUUAUGCAUUGCUAUCAGCUGAUCAGGACACAACGUAUAAAAUUGCAGAAGAAACUGCGAAAAUAGACAAAGGCUCACAACCUCAAAGUAAAAAACUGGAGGAUCAGUAUGCUGAUUUGUUCCAGUCCGCAAGCUUAAGCACAGAUGAUUUUGUGGAUUUUGUAAUUGAAAAGAAGGAAUCCAAGUCCAAAGUCAUUAAUUUAUCCCAGUAUGGACCAACAUACUUUGGGCCCGAACACGCUCGUGUGCUUUCCAGUCAUUUGAUGCACUCAAGUUUGCCGGGACUUACACGAUUAGAACAGAUGUUUCUUGUAGCUUUAGCUGACACAGUGGCUACCACAAGCACAGAAGUUAAUGAAAACAGGGACAAGAAUUAUUCUGGUGAAACUUUGGAUGAAUGCGGCUUACGUUAUUUGCUUGCCAUGCGCUUGCAUAUUUGCCUCUUGACGUCACUGCCUCCAGUUUAUAGACUUCAGCUUUUACAUCAAGGCUUGUCUACAUGCCACUUUGCCUGGGCCUUUCAUUCUGAAGCUGAGGAAGAGUUGCUUAAUAUGAUCCCUGCCAUACAGAAAGGGGAUCCUCAGUGGUCUGAUCUGAAAGCCAUGGGAGUGGGCUGGUGGAUUCGAAAUAUUAAUACACUCCGCAAAUGCAUUGAGAAGGUUGCUAAAGCUGCUUUCCAACGAAACAACGAUGCAUUGGAUGCUGCGUUAUUUUAUCUUGCUAUAAAAAAGAAGGCUGUACUCUGGGGUUUAUUCAGAUCUCAGCAGGAUAAGAAGAUGACUGAGUUUUUCAAACACAAUUUUAGUGAAGAUAGAUGGCGUAAAGCAGCUUUAAAGAAUGCAUUUGCUUUGCUGGGUAAACAGCGCUUUGAGCAAGCUGCUGCAUUUUUCCUUUUGGCUGGUUCUUUAAAGGAUACCAUUGAGGUGAUCUUGGAAAAAAUGGAUGAUAUCCAGUUGGCCAUGAUUAUUGCACGAUUGUACGAAUCUGAUUAUGAAACUUCCUCUACUUGUAAAUCUAUCCUCUAUGAGAAGGUUCUUGGCUGUAAGCCAGGUGGGUCUGAGUUUGCACCAAGUAAACUGCACCCAGAUCCAUUCCUGCGGAGUAUUGCAUAUUGGACAAUGAAAGAUUAUUCCAAUGCAUUGGACACGUUGCUAGAACAGCCUACAAAAGGUACCGAAGAACAUCCAGGAAUUCUCAUAAAGUCUUGCAAUCCAGCAGUCUUCAGUUUUUACAACUAUCUCCGUGCACAUCCACUACUAAUGAGAAAACAUUUUGCUCCUCCUGAAGGGUCAUUAGCUACUUUAGGACUUGCAAAGGAGAAAAUCAGUGAAGAUGAAAUUAACCUCAUUGAGAGGAAAUUAUUUUUCACCACAGCAAAUGCUCAUUUUAAAGUUGGUUGCCCAGUCUUGGCUCUUGAGGUACUGUCUAAAAUCCCCAGAGUCAUGAAGAAAUCAAAGCCACCCUUGACGACUGAAAGCUCUAGUACGAGUGACCAAGACAAAAAUGGUGCAGUAGAAAACAAAAGAAGCACUAUAGGUGCAAACUGGCCACAGACUUCAUCAGGCUUGGAAUGGGAAACCAGUAAUUCUGCUGGGAUUGACUGGAGUGCACCAGUAGUGACAUUUUCUGAUGAGCCCCUAAAACUUGAAUGGGAUAAUGACUUAGAAGAUGACUAUGAAGAUGAAGAGGCAGGUGGUUUGAAUAUGAAAGAUGCAGAAAUGGUUAAAGAAACUAACAUUGAGAAAGGAGUACCUCAAGAGAUCCAGUCAGUUCCAAGAGAGGAUUCCACUUCUAAUGACUCUCGAGUUGAUGUAAUAGCAGAACAGCUAAAAUUCAGAGCCUGCUUGAAAAUUCUAAUGACUGAACUUAGGACAUUAGCUACAGGAUAUGAAGUAGAUGGAGGGAAGCUCCGAUUUCAACUCUACAACUGGUUAGAAAAAGAAAUUCAUGCGAUGCAUCAAAUCUGCAAUUAUAAAACUGAAGUGAAAGAUGUGGUUGUUGAAAUAAAUAAAAAGAUCAGUGAUUCAUUUGACCAAGAUGAAGUAACUGAGAGUAUAGAAGCAGCUUCGUAUGAAAGGCAUCAGAUUGAUCGGAGGAGGCUCCAAGCAAAACAAGAACACGCAGAAAGGAGGAAAUGGUGGUUGCGGAGAAAUCAAGCUCUGCUGAGAGUCUUUCUUAGCUACUGCAGCUUGCAUGGAGCUCAGGGUGGUGGCUUAGCUUCAGUCAGAAUGGAACUUGUCUUCCUUUUACAAGAAUCUCAGCAGGAAACCACUGUGAAACAGCUUCAGUCCCCUCUUCCUUUACCUACGACUUUGCCCCUCCUUUCUGCAGCCAUUGCUUCAACGAAAACUGUGAUAGCCAAUCCCAUCAUGCAUUUGAGUAAUCACAUCCAUGAUAUCUUGUACACAGUGGUACAGAUGAAUUGUCCACCUCUUCCAGGACUUAAGGAUGAUACGGUUUUUAUUCUGCACACUUCAGCAGCUUCACUCUCGGCCUGCAUUUACCAAUCUCUUUGCGACAGCCACAGCUACAGUCAAACAGCCACAAACCUGUUUACAGGGAUGGUUUAUCAGGGGCUUCUAUUGGGAGAAAGACGUAGACUACGGACAGAAAGCAUUGAAGAGCAUGUAACUCCUAAUUCUUCACCUUCACAUUGGCCUGGUGUUUCAUCACUGAUUAAUCUUCUCGGAUCUGUUCAGGAAGAUGAUCAACCCAAACUGAAUGUGUUGCUUUGCGAGGCAGUGAUUGGUGUUUACCUGAGUCUUUUGAUUCAUGGUCUUGCUACUCAGGAUAGUAAUGAGCUCUUUCGUUUAGUUGCUCAUCCACUCAAUAAUCGAACCUGGGCUGCAGUAUUUGGAGGAGGUGCAAAAACUAUAAUAAAACCUAAAAAGCGGCCAGAAAUUUCUCCAGGUAUACCAAAUGUUUCAGCUGUAUUGAAUUUGGAGCAAAAUACUGCCUUGAAGACAGAAAUUCUAGAUGUGUCUGUGUCUCCCAGCUGUGAGACUGGAACACGACACACACCAGAACUGGAUGUUCCUCCGGAAGACAUUGAUCGAUAUCGCCGGAGAUUUAACAUGAAGAUGUUAGUUCCUGGUAGACCUGUAAAGGAGACUUCAACACCACCACCUGUACCUGUAGAUCGACCUUCAUACAAAGAAAAAUUCAUUCCACCUGAACUUAGUAUGUGGGAUUAUUUUGUAGCCAAGCCAUUCAUGCCUCCUUCCGAGAGUGGAUUUAUGUAUGAUUCAGAUGAAAGUAUCCCUAGUGACGAUGACGAUGAUGAUGAUGCUUUUAUUUCUGACAUUCAGUUGCAAGAACAUUCUGAUCCUAAUUCAUACAGUUGGGCUCUGAUACGUCUAGGAAUGGUUAAGCUUGCACUGAACAAUGUGAAAAACUUCUUUCCUGUUGCAGGAUUGGAUUUUGCAGACCUUCCAGUAACUUCUCCUUUGGGUAAUGCUGUUAUGAAAACUUUGGAAAACUGGCAGCAGAUACUUCAGGCAAAAAUGGAACAGUUUGAAGGCCCACCUCCAAACUAUAUCAACACGUAUCCUAAUGAUUUCUGUAAUGUUGGUGGACCAGCUAUUCUGCGACACAAAGCAAUGCUUGAACCAGAAAACACUCCAUUCAAGUCAAGGCAUUAUUCCACAUUCCCUGUUAAAAGGCUGUGGUACUUCCUGAUCAAACAAGAAGUUCUGCAAGACACAUUUAUAAGAUUUAUAUUCACAAAGAAAAGAAAGCAAAGUGAGUCAGUAGAAGACCAUGUGGAGCAAGUCAAACAAAACUACGUCAGGGAACAUCGUGGAAGCAACAAGGUUGAAGCAGAUAUGGGAUACCCUGGUGGAAAAUCAAAGAUUAUUCAUAAAGAUUCUGAUGCCAUCAUGGCAUUUGCAAUUAAUAAGGCAAAUUCCAAUGAGAUAGUUCUGGCUUCAACACAUGAUGUGCAAGAACUUGAUAUAUCUGCAAUUCUAGCUGCUCAGCCUUUUACCUGGAUUGGUGAAGAUUCAGACAGAGAUUCAAGAAGUUCUGACGAUCUUGAGCAUCGCUCAGUGGGAAGCAGCAGCCAAACAAGUACAACUCAUUUUACAUCCAGCCAGCUUUCUAGUUCAUCUUCGAUGCCUUGGCUAGGAAGUGGACAAACCAGCACAGGAGCCACCGUGAUCAUAAAGAGAAACUUGAAUAACGUGAAGAGGAUGACUUCUCAUCCAGCUCACCGAUAUUAUCUUACGGGUGCACAAGAUGGAAGUGUCCGAAUGUUUGAAUGGAAUCGGCCACAGCAGGUUAUAUGUUUCCGGCAAGCUGGCAAUGCCAGGGUUACCCGACUUUAUUUUAAUACCCAAGGCAAUAAGUUGGGGGUGGCAGAUGGUGAAGGAUUCCUCAGCCUUUGGCAAGUCAACCAAACUGGAUCUAAUCCCAAACCUUACCUUAGCUGGCAGUGCCACAGUAAAGCUGCUGGUGACUUUGCAUUCGUUACUUCUUCGAGCCUCAUAACCACUGCGGGCCAGUCCAAUGACAGCAGAAAUGUUUGCCUUUGGGAUACACUAAUUUCGCCACAUAACAGCCUUGUGCAUGGCUUUGUCUGCCAUGAAAAUGGUGCCACAGUGCUUCAAUAUGCACCAAAGCAGCAACUUCUUAUCUCUGGGGGCAGGAAGGGCUUUGUCUGCAUUUUUGACUUAAGGCAGAGACAGUUGUUACACACAUUUCAGGCACAUGAUUCUGCUAUUAAGGCACUUGCUUUGGACUCCGCAGAAGAUUAUUUCAUUACAGGAUCAGCAGAGGGGAAUAUGAAGGUAUGGAGGUUAACAAGUCAUGGAUUAAUUCAUUCAUUUACUAAUGAACAUGCCAAACAGUCAAUCUUUCGCAAUAUUGGUGCAGGAAUUGUACAGCUGGAAAUCCGGCCAGACAAUCGUACCUUUUCCUGUGGAGCAGAUGGAACUUUGAAGACGCGAGUUUUGCCAGAUUAUUUAAAUAUCCCAAGUGGAAUAUUUGACAGCUUGUAGUUUACUGGGUUUCUUCUGUUUGGCUACUAUAAAACAUGGGCAACUCCCAUAUAAUGUGGGAAUACACAAGCUGUUAGAGAGUGCUUUGUUUGAAUGGAAAAGAGAUCCUAGUUUCAGCUCUCUGCAGAACAGUUUUAGUAGCACUGGAUCAUGGAAGACUUGAAACAUGUAUGAAGAAAGUAAUUUGAAGAAGUAUAGUGUGGCUUUGUGAUGUAAAGGCUUAAGAAUCCAUAUUAUAAACCCUUGAUACAGACAUGCAUGUACUGUAUUAUUACUUUUAAAAGCAAUGCAGUUGCAGGUUGUUGAUAAUGCACUGUGAACACAAUGCAGAAUCUUUUGGUGUACUGUAAGUGAAUGGACAUUAAAAGUAUGUGCCCAUAGCUAAAAUCCAUCAGCACUGAGGAAAACUAUGUAAUAAUGAAUUGGGAAAUCCCACAUGUGAUGAUGGUGUGAGUUGAUUUCUAGAAUUAAAAUUCUUCAUUUUCUCUUUUGAAAGAAUUUUCAAUGUUAACGCAGUAGCAGAUUAAUGGUCUUAACUACAGGAUGCAAUGCAAAAAUGGGACCCACUGUCAUUUGGAUGUAUAGGUUAAUUUGACAGUUUAGAGAUUUCCUUUUAAUUUAAACACUCAUGUUAAAUGUAUUGAAUGACUCAUUUAAUGCCCUUAUUGCACACUUAAAUCUACUGAGACUGUUGUACUUAUUACAAACUAUUCAUCAUAUUAUUGUGUAGUGUAGUCUAAUAAUGGCAUUAUAUAUCUACUGUAUACUUGAAAAGCAAAGAAACCAGAUGGUAUUUUUGUUCAUUUUAAAUUAGCGUUAUUGUUAGUUUAUACAUUAAAUCUGAACAUUGCACUAUAAUAUAAAUUAUGAAAUGAAAACAUUUGUAUUUAAAAUGGAAGAAUCCUAUAAUGUGUAAAAGAUUGGAUUUCCUUGAAUGAAUGUCUGGCUUAACUGGCCCAACACUUUAUGUAAUAUUCUGAACAUUUAACUUAUUCUGUGAAUUAAGAUAACAUGCAAUCAAGAGCUGUGUAAGGUCUUCUAUUUUGCCUGUAAUAUACUUUUUAAUUUAUUGUAUGUUUGUUUCCUUGUAUGUACAUCUUGCUAAACUUGAUAAGUAAAUCCUGAGGACCAUGAGACAGUAUUUUGACACAUUGUCUUCUCAUAUUUUGUCUGUAUUCUGAAACAAAUUCAUUGCAUUUCUUUGUGGACUGAGCAAGAUAUGGACUUUACAUCUAGCGCUUUGAACUAUACCUAAAAUAGUUGUGUGUCCCAGUCUUUGUAAGUUGAAUAAAUUUUUAAUGUGUGUA